CAAAUCAGAAAACUUCAAAAGUAAUAUAAAAAUAUAAUAUUAAUAACAUAAUAGAUAUUUGAGAUAGCUUGAGUGUACGAAUCCGCCUCUUGUAAUGGAGGACACACUUAAUUUGGAAGUUGAGGAGUCAAUGGUGGAUGAAAAGCAGGCCGGUGAAAGGCCUGCGAAUACCGUAAAAGAAAUGCGGGACCACAAGGAGGGUCGAAAUUUCAUAUGUGGUGUAAUUGAGGGGUUCUAUGGAAGACCCUGGACAACUGAGCAACGGAAGGAUCUAUUUAGAAAGAUGAAAAAAUGGGGCAUGGAUUCAUAUGUGUAUGCUCCAAAGGAUGACUAUAAACAUCGAGCUUAUUGGCGUGAAUUAUACACUGUUGAAGAAGCUGAUCAUCUUACAAGCUUAAUAACUGCGGCUAGGGAGCACGAUGUAAUGUUUUACUACGCUCUCUCACCUGGCUUGGAUAUGUCGUACAGUAGCCCAAAAGAAAUUCAAACACUAAAGCGGAAACUGGACCAGGUUUCACAAUUUGGAUGCGAAGCAUUUGCAUUACUUUUUGACGAUAUCGAUUCGGAAAUGUCCAAAGUUGAUAAAGAAGCUUUUCAAACAUUUGCCAAUGCUCAAGUAUCUGUUACAAACGAAAUAUUCACCCAUUUAGGCAGUCCGAAAUUCCUAUUUUGCCCCACUCAGUAUUGUAGCACGCGUGCGAUACCUACAGUCCACGAUUCAGAAUAUUUAAAUACGUUGGGUUCAAAACUUAACCAUGAUAUCGAUAUCAUGUGGACUGGCAACAAAGUAAUCUCAAAAAUUAUUAGUCUCGAAUCUAUUCAGGAAAUAACUGAAAUAUUACGUCGACCACCCGUUAUUUGGGAUAAUUUGCAUGCGAACGAUUACGAUCAAAAACGAGUUUUCUUGGGUCCUUAUUCUGGCCGUUCACCAGAAUUAAUACCACAUUUACGAGGAGUUAUGACUAAUCCAAACUGUGAGUUCCACGCGAAUACCAUUGCCAUUCACACUUUAGCCAGCUGGUCGAAAUGCAGUCUUGAUUCUAAAGUAAACAGUUCUAUAUCUGCUGACAUUAAACUCGAAACCCAAAACGAGGACGGCACGAAUGAGGAAGAAUUGCCGGUGGAUUGUUUAUCGAAAAAUAUGUAUCAUCCUCGCAUUGCGUUAAAAAACGCUAUUGACGAAUGGUUGCCUGAGUUCUUUGUGGCAAAGGAAGCCUGGGGUCCCAUUACGAAACCGCAACCACAAGUAACAAUGGUUAUGCCUAUUAUACCAAUUAUACCAUCUAUUAACACCUGUAUGAGUUUGACGACAACAACAACGACAUCGACUAGCACGAAGACUAUAACGGUGCCUGAAGUGAACACCACACAACUCCAAGCUUUGGCUGACGUGUGCAGUACCGUUAACUCAUCAGUUAUUAAUCCGAUUGCGAAUCCCGUAAUGAAUUCCUUGGUUUCUCCAACAAAAGUUGUAACAAAUGACGACAUUGUAAAUCCCAUACCUACAUGUGUGGCGUCGAAUAUUGAGCUGCCCAAAAAAAUUCCAAUAUCCAUCGUAGCGGUACCAAUAAUGCACUCCAAAGUUGUGGAGGAUAUAUUGCCGAGAAAUUUAGACACGGAAGGCGAGAUUCUGAAAUCGCCAGUUUCUAUACUGGAACUAACAACGGCAAUAACAAAACCAAUACCGCUAGCAAUUGAAAAUAGCUCUGCACUAACAAAAUCCAAUUUAAAUGCAAAUGAUGCAACGACAACACUAAAUCAGGAUAAUGUGUACAAGGAGGACGAAAUGAGUAUUGAGAAAGCACAAUCACUCUCUACAGAGUCGCCAAUUGUGAACUUGAAUCAUGAAGAGAAGUUGCCGGAUGCAUUGGCAAUUGAAAGUGUUGACACAACUAUUGUAAAGGCACCAGAAUUAUCAAUAGACACAAGCGCAACGCCAAGGGAAAAUGUAAAUAGUACAGGUGCGCUACCAAUGGUAGAUGAGCAUACUUUGAGCCCGCUCAGUGCAAUCAGUGCAGGUGGCAAUGAACCGAUGGAAUGCAGCAGUAGUCUAGCUUCGCAAGCUUCUGGCAAGGAAGAUCGCAAAAUGAUUUCUGAGGAUGUUGUAAUGGCUGAAGGUGUGGACGAUGAUGAUGAUAUUUGCAAUGGCUCGAUGAACGAACUGAAUAAUAGCAUGCAGGUGGAGAGCUCUGAAGGUUCGCCACUCUCAAAUGCCGACAUGAAAGAUUGCGAUGACAAAAAUCCUCCGGAGGUCGGUAGUAGUAGUAGCAUUACUGUGGAGGAUCUUUACUUACUAUGUGAUCUCUUUUAUCUGCCAUUUGAGCAUGGAAAUCGUGGUUUAAAGCUAUUAAAUGAAUUCAACUGGUUAAAAGCGAAUGCGAACGUGUUGCUAGGUAACGACAAAGCUGUUAGAAAAUGUUCUAAUGCGGAUGGCGCAGUAUCGCCCAAACCAGAGGUAGCCGAGUGGAUGCAGCGAGCGGAAUCAUUCUCCAAUCAUUGUAAUUCUGUACACGAACUGCUACGUAAAAUCGCUAAUUGUGCGAACAAGGAGAUAUGUCAUGAUUUAUUUUCGUACGUGUGGGACAUUGCUGGUACUUUGACGCUACUAAAUGCCUUCGUGAAAUGGCUGAGUCUGGGUCAUUUUCCGACUAAUGUUCAAACCUACACGCAGGGUACAUACACAUGGUUUAGCAAGGGUUGGAAGGAGGCCUUCAUGUCGGGCGACCAAGAGCCUUGGGUAUUUCGUGGCGGUCUUACCGCUGAUUUGCAACGUCUGAUGCCUGUGGAUUCUGGAAAUGAUCUGUUUCUAUAUAAACUACCUGAACUGCCGACAAGUGACUAUCAUUUAAUACGCCCCUAUACACCAAUUGACGAAGUUGAAUUGGGACAAGUUUGUACACAGGCGUUUUUGCAACUAAGCUUAAAUGGUUCGGACGAGAGACCAGUCGAAAGUGACGCUUGUUUCGAAUCACUGUUUCCCAGUCAUUUGAGUGAACUUAUUGCGGAUAAUAUUGUUGGACACUUUGUCACGUUAUAUCCUCACUUUUGUAUGGUUGCACAUGACGCUUCUAAUGCUAUUGUUGGUUAUGCAGCUGCUGCCUUAAACAUUCAAACAUUCAUGCGAAAUGUGGAAGUAUGUUGGAUACCAUCGAUGAAAGAAAAGUACUCCGAAUCUUUACUGGAAAAAGAUAACUUCAUUAACGUGGCAAAUGGCUCAGAAAGUGCGCAGAGACAUUCAUCUAAGCUUAACGCGCUUAUUGCUGAAAUGAUACGUGACUUUCAUAAUUAUGAAUAUCAAUGUCCAGCUGAAGUAAGUAACGCAUAUCCAGCUUUACUAACAGCCACCGCCUUAAAGGAUGCAUUGUUACGGGAUUAUGGACUUUUAAAGCGUUUAAUAACUGUGACUUUGGCCACGUUACGUUCGAAUGGAUGCUUUGGUGUUCAUGUUCGUUUGUCUUUUAGGGACUCUGAAAUCUUUCAACAGCAUUAUGCAAAAGUAGGAUUUACUGAAGUGUAUCGUGACCCUGAAAAUAAAUUUAUCUAUCUUGGGCGACGUUUUUAGCAACUGUCAGCUCAAACACAGACAAAUUUUUUACUAAAAUUGCGUCGAAGUGUGCGAAUCUCGCAACGGGUUGAAAAACAAAUCAAAAGGCAAGAUAAAAAACUCAAAUUUGUGAACAAUUAUUACGAUUCAUUUUACGAAGAAACCGGCACUUUGUGAGCCACUACAAUUUUGAUUAAAAACAGCUAACAUACCGGCGUCCUUAAAAUUUAUAUACUGCGGAAUUCAUACUCAUCUCACGGUAAAUAAGCAUCGGUAUUGCUCUAUGACUGAUAUAUCAAUCCAUUUUAAUCUAAAAAUAUGUAUAGUAAAUGUGUCUGCACUUUUUAUGUAUGUAUGUAUGUAUGUAAGUACUUGAACUAUUUGCUAUAUCCAGUUCAUUUUGCGUUUUUUAAAGCUUGAUUAAAAACCAGCGCAACACCAUAUGCAGCAAAUAAAAAUUAAAAAAAAAA